CUUCCUUUCUAAAAUAAAAUCUCUCUGGCAUGAAGUCACCGCCUAUUUCACAUCCGGUUUGCCCUGGGACGUAUUACUACUGUCUUGGUAAAGAGAAAUCUUUUGUUGUAUAGCUGCAGAUUGGAUAUUGGGAAGCAAAUUUGGGUGUGAAAUCUUCAGCAAAGGAGCACGCAGAGUCCAUGAUGGCUCAGACCGAGUGAGUGAGAGGCGGUGCGAGCAAGCCCCUCCGCUGCCCGCGCGCCCGGACUCGCAGACUCGCGCCGGCUCCAGGCUCUCCACGGUUUUCUCUUGCAGACUUUUUACCCGGUCUUGAGCGAUCCUGUGCUCAGAGGGGGCUCAAGCCAUACAAGCCUACGAUGAAGACAAGUCCGGGUCUCUCUGACUAUCUUUGGGCCUGGACCCUCCUUCUGAGCACACUGACUGGAAGAAGCUAUGGACAACCUUCAUUGCAAGAUGAACUUAAAGACAACACCACUGUCUUCACCAGGAUUUUGGACCGACUCCUGGAUGGUUAUGAUAAUCGCCUGAGACCAGGAUUGGGAGAGCGUGUAACCGAAGUGAAGACUGACAUCUUUGUCACCAGUUUCGGACCCGUUUCAGACCAUGAUAUGUUUCAAAAGUAUCCUGGAGCAAGCAACAAAGGAGCAAAAUUCUUAGAUUCAUGGACAAAUGGUCAGCUUAGACAUCCUUGGAACCUUAAUUCACAGGAAUAUACAAUAGAUGUAUUUUUCCGUCAAAGUUGGAAGGACGAAAGGUUAAAAUUUAAAGGACCCAUGACAGUUCUGCGGUUAAAUAACUUAAUGGCAAGUAAAAUCUGGACUCCGGAUACCUUUUUUCACAACGGAAAGAAGUCGGUGGCCCAUAACAUGACCAUGCCCAACAAACUCCUGCGGAUCACGGAGGAUGGCACCUUGCUCUACACCAUGAGGCUGACGGUGAGAGCUGAAUGUCCGAUGCAUUUGGAAGACUUCCCUAUGGAUGCCCACGCCUGCCCACUAAAAUUUGGAAGCUAUGCUUAUACCAGAGCAGAAGUGGUUUAUGAGUGGACCAGAGAGCCGGCACGCUCAGUGGUUGUCGCAGAAGAUGGGUCACGCCUAAACCAGUAUGAUCUUCUUGGACAAACAGUAGACUCCGGAAUUGUUCAGUCCAGUACAGGAGAAUAUGUUGUAAUGACCACUCACUUCCACUUGAAAAGAAAGAUCGGCUAUUUUGUUAUUCAAACAUACCUGCCGUGCAUAAUGACAGUUAUUCUCUCCCAAGUCUCUUUCUGGCUCAACAGAGAGUCUGUACCAGCAAGAACUGUCUUUGGAGUAACAACUGUGCUCACCAUGACAACUUUGAGUAUCAGUGCCAGAAAUUCCCUUCCUAAGGUGGCUUAUGCCACGGCCAUGGAUUGGUUCAUUGCAGUGUGCUAUGCCUUUGUGUUCUCAGCUCUGAUCGAGUUUGCCACGGUUAACUACUUCACCAAGAGAGGCUAUGCAUGGGAUGGCAAAAGUGUGGUUCCAGAAAAGCCAAAGAAAGUAAAGGAUCCUCUCAUUAAGAAAAACAACACUUACGCUCCAACAGCAACCAGCUACACCCCUAAUUUGGCCAGGGGUGACCCCGGCUUAGCCACCAUUGCUAAAAGUGCAACCAUAGAACCAAAAGAAGUCAAGCCUGAAACAAAACCACCAGAACCCAAGAAAACCUUUAACAGUGUCAGCAAAAUAGAUCGACUUUCAAGAAUAGCCUUCCCGCUGCUAUUUGGAAUCUUUAACUUAGUCUACUGGGCUACAUAUUUAAACAGAGAGCCUCAGCUAAAAGCUCCGACACCACAUCAAUAGAUCCUUGCAGCCACAUUCCGUUGUUCAGUCCUCUGCAUUGGGAAUUGCUUUCUGUUUUCAACUCAGCAAUUCCCAUCUGCUUUAUUGCCUCUAUCUUAAAGAAUUGAAGGUUUCCUUAUUCCCAUAAUUCACGCAAGAUCAAGAGUCCCCUUUCUGGCAGUCCAGAGCAGAGCAGGAUAUACAGCUGGAAGAGAGGAUUCUGGGAGAGGGAACAAGAGAACAGCACCACGUCAGAAGGAGACAGAUGAAAGAAAGAGGAAAGGAGAGGAAAGAGGGUCCAAGGAAAUGAGGAAAAGUAGAGGAAAGAUAAAACUUACUCACACCCUCAGCUCAUUUGUAGAUAUAUAUUUCCAAAUAUUCUAAAAAAGAUACUGUAUAUGUCAAAAGUAUUUUUAUGUGAAGGUGUUGAACAGAAUACAUUAUAUGUGUUUAAUGAAGAAAAAGAGAAAUAUCUAUGUCUUUAUGGCACAAACUAUGGUGUGCCUACAUUUUGGUUUUGUUGUUUUAAAUGAUGUAGCUUUAAUGUUUUAUUCCCAAAGUAAAAGUCCCCACUUUUUAAAAAUGGCUAAUGCCAUUAUUUUAUUGCUAAAUGCUAUUUUAAAAUUCAUGGGAACUUCAUAUGCAAAGCUGCAAUUCAUCACUGUAGAGCACAUUUACUCAAAUGGAGAAAUAUGUUCUCAAUAGGCUAUUUCACUGUCAUCUGAGCUUUUACCACUAGAUUUGAUGAGGAAUCAUUUUAACAGAAAAGUACACUAAACAGAGACUUAGAAAAACCUAAAUAAAAAUUUAAAAAUAUAUUCCUUUUCCACCCUGUCUGUUUUCAGAUAGCACAUGGGUCCAAAAAUUUCUUGAGUCUCAUUUUGAAGAUGUUUUCAGAGAGGUGAAAUAUUUUGCAAGCUCUAGAAUUGUUGAAUGUAUUCUUUUAUAUAACUACUUUAAAAGCUUUAGAUUGAAAUUUAUGACUAGAAAACAAAACAAGAAUAUAUGAAUUAUGUAUGUAAAUAUACAGCAUGAGAUUGUACAUUUUUUACUUUUUUUAAGUUGUGUUCUUAAAAUAUUGUGUAGGACUCACUGUUCUUAGCUGUUAGAAUGUUGGUAAAUGCUGUGGCAAUGCAUUUAGAGCCUGCAUUUAAGAACAGAACAGCCCACAAGAAUCAGAUGGAAGUUUAAAUAUAUUGGUAUGAGGCCCAUUUAGGUAGAGAAAAUGUAAUUUCCAACUGUUGUCCAGAAUAUAGUAGAUCAGUUGCUCUCUGCUCAAGUCAUUCUGUGUUUCUCUAUUUUAGGUUAUUGUAAUAUAGAAAGAAAAUGGAAAAGCAUUAGUUGGAGCUAGAAAAUCAACUGUAUAUUACCGCUAUACUUGCUGAUACCAACUGUUUCAAUAAGUAUUGUAUAAUAUGUAGCAUUAAAUAAAAAAACACAUGAAAGAAUGUACAGGAAAUAGCUUUUAUUGAGUAAUACUACAAUUCAUUUAUACUGUAGCAAUAUAUUUGUAGGCAUACUAUGUAAGGGCUUUAAAUACAAGAGGUCCAUUAAUAUUCCCUAUGAAAAAUUCUAGUCUGUUUCAUUAAUGCCCAGGAGUUUUAGAGAUAAAUAUUUACGCAGAGGAUAUUUUUGAAGUCUCCUUUCAUCUGAUAGAGUUUCAUAGAUAUUUACAUUUAGCAUCAAGAAUCCACACGUCAUGGUGUAAAAACAUGUUUAGUAUACUAUGACAUAAACCUCUUAACAUAAUUGCCAAAUGAGACAGUUGGAUCCGUACCUAAGGUUUGAGCACUGUUUUUUUCCUCAAAAAGCUGCUAUUCAAUGAUGUAGGAAAAUGCACCAUUUGUGUUUUCUUAAACAAACUCUAGUUUUCUUUUUAUAUGUGCUUUAUUGUUUGAUUUGGUCCUGCCUAAAUUUGAUGAGCUAGGCUAAUUAAGGCGGAACAAAGGCUGUUUCAUCCUUUGGUAUCAUGUGUAGAUACUAUGUAUAGAAAAUAAAACAAAAUAUGGCUCUAACUUCUGUGUUGCUCUUAAUCUUGUUAUUUUUUGGCAUUAACCUAAUGUGUUUAUUGAGGACAUUUGAUCCUCCAGGCUCCUAAUUUGGCUAAUUUUUGGUCUGUAUUUUACACAUUAGAUGUGACUAUUUCUUAUUAGUCUGCUUUCUGCUAUGCAAUGACUGCAUUUCCAUCAUCUCUUCAUUUGUUAGUACAUGUGGAUAGUAGUCUAUUAUAUAAAUUGAUUGCAUAGUUUAUCAAAGACAAAUUAUUCUAUGUAGCUUUUCUACAGUGCUUUGCUAAACCAUGUAAUACUAGUUAAGUCUUCCUUGAAAAUAAAGAUACACUCUUGUAAAGGAGAGCACCUUUUUACUCCCAGGAAAAUUAAUUUAAAGAUGACACUGAAUGUUUAUUGCACCUUAGUGCAGUGAAGUGGCAAUAAAAACUAACAUCAGUCAAGGUUGUUUAUGGCGGAUGCAUGUAUUGCUUUACAGAGUUUAGCAAAACUCUUAAUUUUAUGUCACAAUGUACUCUAUUAUAAUAAUAAAGCUAACUCUAUUCAAUAACAAAA